GUGGUUGCGCAUGCGCAGGGCGGGGAGACCUUGGAAAAGUGGUGGCGGCGCUCAGCGGAGGUGAAAUCGGUGGCGGAAGGGAAGGUACUGAGGGAAAAUGCAGAGCUGGAGUCGCGUGUACUGCUCCUUGGCCAAGAGAGGACAUUUCAAUCGAAUAUCUCAUGGCCUACAGGGAGUUUCUGCAGUGCCUCUGAGAACUUAUGCAGAUCAAGCAAUUGAUGCUGAUGUAACAGUGAUAGGUUCUGGUCCUGGAGGAUAUGUUGCUGCCAUUAAAGCUGCCCAGUUAGGCUUUAAGACAGUCUGCAUUGAGAAGAAUGAAACACUUGGCGGAACAUGCUUGAAUGUUGGUUGUAUUCCUUCUAAGGCUUUAUUGAAUAACUCUCAUUAUUAUCAUAUGGCCCAUGGAAAAGAUUUUACAUCUAGGGGAAUUGAAAUGUCUGAAGUUCGCUUGAAUUUAGAGAAGAUGAUGGAGCAGAAGAGUAAUGCAGUAAAAGCUUUAACAGGAGGAAUUGCCCAUUUAUUCAAACAAAAUAAGGUGGUUCACGUCAAUGGAUACGGAAAGAUAACUGGCAAGAAUCAAGUCACAGCUACAAAAGCUGACGGCAGCACUCAGGUUGUUGAUACAAAGAACAUUCUGAUAGCUACGGGUUCAGAAGUCACUCCUUUUCCUGGAAUCACGAUUGAUGAAGAUACAAUAGUGUCAUCUACAGGUGCUUUAUCUUUAAAAAAAGUUCCAGAAAAGAUGGUUGUUAUUGGUGCAGGAGUAAUUGGAGUAGAAUUGGGCUCUGUCUGGCAGAGACUUGGUGCAGAUGUGACAGCAGUUGAAUUUUUGGGUCACGUAGGUGGGGUUGGUAUUGACAUGGAGAUAUCUAAGAACUUUCAGCGGAUCCUUCAAAAGCAAGGCUUUAAGUUUAAAUUGAACACAAAGGUUACUGGUGCCACCAAGAAGUCAGAUGGAAAAAUUGAUGUUUCUAUUGAAGCUGCAUCUGGUGGGAAAGCUGAAGUCAUCACUUGUGAUGUACUCUUGGUUUGCAUUGGUCGACGACCAUUCACUCAGAAUUUGGGACUAGAAGAACUUGGAAUUGAACUGGAUCCCAGAGGUAGAAUUCCAGUCAAUAGCAGAUUCCAAACUAAAAUUCCAAACAUCUAUGCCAUUGGUGAUGUGGUCGCUGGUCCGAUGCUGGCUCACAAAGCAGAGGACGAAGGCAUCAUCUGUGUGGAAGGCAUGGCUGGUGGUGCCGUGCACAUUGACUACAACUGUGUGCCGUCAGUGAUUUAUACGCACCCUGAAGUUGCCUGGGUUGGCAAAUCAGAAGAGCAAUUGAAGGAAGAGGGUAUUGAGUACAAAGUUGGGAAAUUCCCGUUUGCUGCUAACAGCAGAGCCAAGACCAAUGCUGACACAGAUGGCAUGGUGAAGAUUAUUGGGCAGAAAGCAACAGAUAGAGUGCUGGGAGCACAUAUUCUGGGACCAGGUGCUGGAGAAAUGGUGAAUGAAGCAGCUCUUGCUUUGGAAUAUGGAGCGUCCUGUGAAGAUAUAGCUAGAGUCUGCCAUGCACAUCCGACCUUAUCAGAAGCUUUUAGAGAAGCAAACCUGGCUGCAUCAUUUGGCAAAGCGAUCAACUUUUAAAUUAGAAGAUCUAUUUUCUUCUGAAAUCUCCUGGAAGCUUUUGUAGAGGUCACAUUUGUGAACAAGAUGUGCUCACAGUUCCAAGAAUUUCUAGGACUGAAUUAUGAAACUUUUGGAAGGUAUUUAAUAGGUUUGGACAGAAUGCAAUAAUCUUGUUUCUAUAUUUUAAAUACUGUUUCAGUACAUUAACGUUGCAGGAUAAAAGCUACAUAUAGUAGCAUCCUGAUUGAUUUUCAUCAGUCCAUAUCUUCAUGCUAUUUAUGAAAGGUUCAGCUCCACUGAAUUAACGCCAAGUGGCACUUAUCUCUAAUUCUGUGUCAUUGGCGGAGUUGGGGUAUGAUGUGUGAAGGAAGGUGAUCAAGUUAUUUUAAAUUUGGUUUUCAUAUUGGAAACAAGUCUGUUACUAGCACAAGAUCUAAAUAUCUAUAAACCAAACUCAUGUAAAUAAAGUGACCAUUUCUCCCUUGUUUUAUUUAAUUCCUAAGUUCUUAUAGUUUAGAGGUAGAAUUUAUGUGUGUAAGGGUUUUUGAGGUUCUUUUGAGGUCUUCAAGUCGGAAGGGUAGUUAAAUAGUUAUAGAAAUUAAGUCUGUCUACAAAACUCCAAUAUUAAAUAGAGACUCAAAUGUAUUAUAGUGAGGAAUACAAAUACCAAAAUAAACAUCUUAUUCAUUUACUGGU